ACCGAGGAAGGGGCGGGGCGGAGAGGGGCGUUGCAGGGAUCUAGGGAUCUUAGCUUAUUCCGCGGUCUGUGUUUGGAUUGCACCUGGUAGUGCUCAGCCGCUCAGCCAUGGCUGGCCCUGGCCCCGGCGCGGCACUGGAGUCCCCGCGGCGACUGCUGGGUCGCGUGCGCUUCCUGGCGGAGGCCGCGCGAAACCUCCGCGCUGGACGGCCGCUGCCGGCGGCGCUAGCUUUUGUGCCACGAGAAGUGCUCUACAAGCUUUAUAAGGACCCUGCCGGACCGUCGCGCGUGCUGCUGCCAGUGUGGGAGGCAGAGGGCCUGGGGCUGCGCGUAGGAUCUGCAGGCCCGGCCCCGGGUACCGGUUCCGGGCCCCUACGCGCCGCCCGCGACAGCAUUGAGCUGCGGCGCGGCGCUUCUGUGCGCACCACGGGCGAGGAGCUGUGCAACGGCCACGGGCUGUGGGUGAAGCUGACCAAGGAGCAGCUGGCAGAACAUCUCGGUGACUGUAGCCUCGACGAGGGUUGGUUGCUGGUGUGCCGACCGGCGGAGGGCGGAGCCCGUUUGGUGCCCAUCGACACCCCGGACCACUUACAGCGACAGCAGCAGCUCUUCGGCGUGGACUACCGGCCUGUGCUUAGAUGGGAACAGGUGGUGGACCUGACAUAUUCACAUCGCCUAGGAUCUAGGCCUAAGCCUGCCGAGGCAUACACAGACGCUGUGCAAAGGCUACUCUAUGUUCCCCCAACAUGGACCUACGAGUGUGAUGAGGACCUGAUCCACUUCUUGUAUGACCACCUGGGCAAGGAGGAUGAGAACCUGGGUAGCGUGAAGCAGUAUGUGGAGAGCAUAGACGUUUCUUCCUACACGGAGGAAUUCAAUGUGUCUUGCCUGACUGACAGCAAUGCAGAUACCUACUGGGAGAGUGAUGGGUCCCAGUGCCAGCACUGGGUACGGCUUACUAUGAAGAAGGGCACAAUUGUCAAGAAGCUUCUACUCACAGUGGAUACCACAGAUGACAACUUUAUGCCUAAGCGGGUGGUGGUCUAUGGGGGCGAAGGGGACAACCUGAAGAAGCUGAGUGACGUGAGCAUUGACGAGACCCUGAUCGGGGAUGUCUGUGUCUUGGAGGACAUGACGGUCCACCUCCCAGUCAUCGAGAUCCGCAUCGUGGAGUGCCGAGAUGAUGGGAUUGAUGUUCGUCUUCGAGGAGUCAAGAUCAAGUCAUCUAGACAGCGGGAACUAGGGUUGAAUGCUGACCUCUUUCAGCCAGCCAGCCUGGUGCGAUAUCCACGCCUAGAGGGCACUGACCCUGAAGUACUAUACCGCAGAGCUGUUCUCCUGCAGAGAUUCAUCAAGAUCCUAGACAGUGUCCUGCGUCACCUGGUACCUGCAUGGGACCACACAUUGGGCACCUUCAGUGAGAUUAAGCAAGUGAAGCAGUUCUUACUGCUGUCACGCCAACGGCCCAGCCUGGUGGCCCAGUGUCUGCGAGACUCAGAGAGCAGCAAGCCUAGCUUCAUGCCACGCCUGUACAUCAACCGACGCCUUGCCAUGGAACACCGUGCCUGCCCCUCUCGGGACCCUGCCUGCAAGAAUGCUGUAUUCACUCAGGUUUAUGAAGGGCUCAAGCCCUCUGACAAGUAUGAAAAGCCCCUGGACUACAGGUGGCCCAUGCGCUAUGACCAGUGGUGGGAGUGUAAAUUCAUAGCUGAAGGCAUCAUUGACCAAGGGGGUGGUUUCCGGGAUAGCCUGGCAGAUAUGUCAGAAGAGUUGUGCCCCAGCUCAGCUGACACUCCUGUGCCUCUGCCCUUCUUUGUACGCACAGCCAAUCAGGGCAAUGGCACUGGUGAGGCCCGAGACAUGUAUGUGCCCAACCCCUCCUGUCGAGACUUUGCCAAGUAUGAGUGGAUAGGACAGCUGAUGGGGGCUGCCCUCCGGGGUAAGGAGUUCCUGGUCCUUGCACUUCCCGGCUUUGUGUGGAAGCAGCUGUCUGGGGAGGAGGUGAGCUGGAGCAAGGACUUCCCUGCUGUGGAUUCUGUGCUGGUGAAGCUCCUGGAAGUAAUGGAAGGAAUGGACAAGGAGACAUUUGAGUUCAAGUUUGGGAAGGAGCUAACAUUCACCACUGUGCUCAGUGACCAGCAGGUGGUGGAGCUGAUUCCUGGGGGCACAGGCAUCAUAGUGAAAUAUGAGGACCGGUCUCGUUUCAUCCAACUGGUACAGAAGGCACGGCUAGAGGAGAGCAAGGAGCAGAUGGCAGCCAUGCAGGCAGGUCUGCUGAAGGUCAUACCACAAGCUGUGCUGGACUUGCUGACCUGGCAAGAGCUGGAAAAGAAGGUGUGUGGGGACCCAGAGGUCACUGUGGAUGCCCUGCGCAAGCUCACUCGAUUUGAGGACUUCGAGCCCUCUGACACACGAGUACAGUAUUUCUGGGAGGCACUAAACAAUUUCACCAACGAGGACCGCAGCCGUUUCCUGCGUUUUGUGACAGGCCGCAGCCGCCUACCAGCUAGGAUCUACAUCUACCCAGACAAGCUGGGCUAUGAGACCACAGAUGCGCUGCCUGAGUCUUCCACCUGCUCCAGCACCCUCUUCCUGCCACACUACGUCAGCGCCAAGGUGUGCGAGGAGAAACUCCGCUAUGCUGCCUACAACUGUGUGGCCAUCGACACCGACAUGAGCCCCUGGGAAGAGUGAGGUGCCCUGCACAGCUCCACUGCCCUUUCCUGGGCAGAUACACCACACCUUCCCUGCUUGGCUCAGACCCACAAGUUCUCCUCAUCCCAGAGCUUGCUUGCGGAUGUUUAGUUCUGCCAGAAGGAAUCUUCCCCAAGCCCUGCACAACCUACCAGACCUGAGCUACUUGAAGGGAGAUACUCAAGUUCUCACUCCGUGGAAUUUGCCUCCUUUUUCCAUUCUACCUAUUUUUUCUUUUCCUGGCUUCUACCAUGACUCGAUAUUUUUAAAACUUUGGAAGAUGGUAUAUGCCCCUUCCCCAAGCAAAGAGUCAGGGACAGACAGGGAGUAAUGUUUAUUUGCCUUGGUCACAUACCCUAAGAAUGGAGCCACAGUGAACAUCUAUUGUCUCAGAUAUUAGUCUUUUCUCCUUUCCCUCCAUAUCAGAGGUGUGAGCUUUUUCCUUCCUCCAACCCAGUCUCAACUGAUACAGUGCCACCACCUUCCCUGGCUCCGAACCUACAGCCAUUCAACAUUCGUUACUGCCACCCCAUGCCUGUCACUUCUACAUCACUUCCAGCCUGAUUCUCCAUCUGCUGUUUACCCUCAAGAUUUGCACAGAUCAGGGAUGAUUAUGUCCUCUCCAAAAUCUUCAAUGGCUUCCCUGGCCAUACUCUAAAAUAAAAUGUAGACUUUUAAAAUUGCCUCCAGGGCUUUCACAUCCCUGCCCCAGUCCUCCUUCCCUUGAUGGCCUCUGUAACAUUCCUUCAGAAGGUCUUGUACAUGGGAAAUUGAAUAAAUGGAUACCCUAGUACCUUCA